AUGGACCACGCCCCACAAGAUUUGUUCGCCCGGAGAGUAUGGCAUAAUGCGAAACGGGUUCUAUCAUCAUCGGAUUUCGGCAACACGGGCAACAAUAGUGUUACUUCUUUCUGGCCAGCAAGCUCAAGGCCAGCCUCGCCUAGCUUCAUUCCCAUCACUGUCACUUCAACGAUCAGUAGAGUGUCAUCUGCAGUACCAGCGACUCCUACUACAUCGCCCAAAGGCGAUUCUUCAGGGCAUUUCACCCCAUCGCCAAAGAGUACACUAAUCGACAGCCAGCCGAGCCAGUCCACCGCGACAUUUACCAUCAUUCAUGACCCUAUCACUCGGUCGUUAUCGAGCAAAGGUCCGCAUUCUGAAACGGCCGGAAGCGUCAUCACUUCAUCUGCGCGGCCAACAACUAGCUUGGUCGUGGUGACAGUGAUCCUCACGGAUUCUCAAGGUGACCCGACGGCUAAGCAGACCCAGUCCGUCCCUGACAGCCCUGGAAGGGCUAUACUCACCGAGUCACUUGGCAUAGGAUCCGGUUCAGUAAACUCCCAUCCUAAUACGGCCAUUACUACCGGUACGGCGUCCGUCGUCGCUGUUCUGAUAGGCUCAGAUGGAACUCCAACUGCAACAAUCACUCUCGAAUCCGGACAUACUCAGAUUGUCGCCACUCUCCUCGACGAGUCCGGUAAUCCGACGGCGACCACAACGUUCGAGGCCUUGCCAACGACCCUCCUUGCUACUCUGACAGACUCGAACGGUAUACCCACCACGACAGUGACUCUUGGUGCUAUCGAUACGCUCCAACUCACCACUUUGACCAACUCGGACGGAUCGCCCACUGCUACGUUAAGCCUCGGGCCUUCGACACCUCCAGUGACUGUACUCGCAGACUCGAAUGGCAUACCAACCGCGACUGUGACUUUCGCAUAUACACCACUAGUGACAGUGCUCACAGACCCCAAUGGGUCUCCAACUGCGACCAUGACUCUCACAGACACACCACUAGUGACAGUGCUCACAGACCCCAAUGGGUCUCCAACUGCGACGAUGACACUCACAGACACACCACUGGUAACAGUACUCACAGACUCCAAUGGGGUUCCAACUGCGACGAUGACGCUCACAGAUACACCACUGGUGACAGUGCUCACAGACUCCAAUGGGGUUCCAACUGCGACCAUGACACUCACAGAUACACCGCUGGUGACAGUACUCACAGACUCGAACGGGGUUCCAGCAUCCACCAUGACCCUCAACGACACGCCCUUCGUUACCGUCAUUACGAUCCUUACCGACGUCCACGGAUCACCCACUGCCGCAAUAACAGGUUCUCCAACCGACAUUCCCAGUGGUGAAGAACCAUUCACCGAGAGUUUCUACAUCUCAGGGGGCCAAUACUUUGCCGGCCUGUUCGCAUCGACCCUAGUCGCCACGUUCAUCUCAAUCCCCAUCCGCAUGAUUGACCUCAACGUGCAGCUCUUCGAGCCGUUCCACCAGCUCACACAUCCGCGGGGAACGCCAGCCGACCGGUCUCUCUGCCUAGAGAUAGGCAGCAUCUACAGCAUCCUGACCGGCAUCCUCGGCGUCUUCAAGGGCCAAUGGCUGGCCUGCCUCACCAGCCUGCUGGUUCUCUGCUCCGCGAUCGUGACGACCCUUUCUUCGCAAGCCAUUGCUGUGGUUCUGCACGGGAGCUGCUUCCACGGAAGCGGAAAAGUCGAGAAUUGCGCUUGGACGCUGGGGGUCUCGCGGCUAGGCGCUCGUCUCACGGAGGGGUUCCUGGCUUUCAUGACCGUGCUAGCUGCGCUUACGCUGCUGGUGCUGAGACGAUGGCGGUCAGGGGUGAACAGUAAUCCUUGGAGCAUCGCGGGUAUCGCGUCUCUGCUCUCCAGCCCCGACGUGCGCAGCGUUCUCACCUCGUUGCCCAUUGCGGCCAACCGGAUCCCGGAUUCGGAGAUAGCCGGCGCCUUCAAGCCUUAUAUCUACAAGGUCGAUUGCUUCAAUCAUGAGGGCGAAAACAGGUACGGUAUAGUAAUUCUAGGAGACCAAGAAAAGGCGUCAAAGGCUACAAGACAGCCCCUGCUUCAGGCCCUGAUACCGAAGCCUUGGAGGAAAGACCAGGAGAAACCCGCCGAGCAAUGGCAACCGUUCUUCAUGCUGAGUUAUGCCGGCCAUGGAUUGUUCCUCCUAUUUCUGUGUGGCCUCCUCACGUUGAUUGCCUACUACAACAGCCCGCGAGCAGAUGCCCCCUUUGAGGCCUUCAUGGACAGCGAGUCUUUCGGAGUGCGCUUUCUCUUCACCGCCAUAGGGGUUAUCGUCACCUUUUACUGGGGUGCCAUGUUCAGCGCCGUCGCCAUCCUGAGCCCCUACCAGCUCAUGGCUCACUCGCCCCAGACAGCUCAACGCGUGAUACUCGUUGCCCCGCCCACAAACGCGUUCUCAGGCAUCUGGUCGGCCUUCAGACGGAGACACCUCUUCCUGGGGGUGGUCGCAUUUACGGCAAUACUCUCCGAGUUUCUCCCCCUUCUGCUCGCCAACAUCCCCUUCCAGGUCACGCAGACCUGGGAUGUGCAUCUCGGGUGCACCUGGCUGGCAGUUGGGAUCAUCUCCCUCAUGAUCGUCGUGCUGGUGGUGUCUUUCUUCGUCAGAUGGCCACGCCUGCCGGUGGACCCGCGCACGGUCGCGGGCGCGGCUUAUUAUGUGUGCGACUCUUGGCUCUUGCAGGGCGUGGACAAAUUGAGCAUGGCUAAGAAGAGCGAGAGGGAUGCGCGUAUGAACUACGCAGGACUGAGGUACCGGUAUGGCGAGAUGACUGGGGUGUCAGGGGUUCGCAGAGUUGGUGUUGAUGUUGUUGAUAUUGAUCCUAUUGACGGUGAAACGGGGAGUGGGCAUCGACUCGUCUGA